ACACUUAAGUAUAAAAUGCCGUCUCGACUGAAGGAUGUUUUGCCUUUCCUAGAAAUUGACAAGAUUCAGAAGGGAGAGUCGAAGAAGGAUGAAGAGGAGACCUACUUGGAUUUAUUUUCCCAUAAAAAUAUGAAGCUGAAGGAACGAGUUCUGAUCCCAGUCAAGCAGUAUCCUAAGUUUAACUUUGUUGGGAAGAUCCUGGGACCUCAAGGCAACACCAUCAAGCGUCUGCAGGAAGAAACCGGAGCAAAGAUCUCAGUUCUGGGGAAGGGAUCCAUGAGAGACAAGGCAAAGGAGGAAGAGCUACGCAAAGGAGGAGACCCAAAAUAUGCUCACUUAAAUAUGGACCUGCAUGUCUUCAUUGAAGUAUUUGGACCACCGUGCGAGGCUUAUGCUCUCAUGGCCCACGCCAUGGAAGAAGUCAAGAAGUUCCUUGUUCCGGAUAUGAUGGAUGACAUCUGCCAGGAGCAGUUUUUGGAGCUGUCCUAUCUCAAUGGUGUCCCAGAGCCAACCCGUGGCCGAGGGCUUCCUGUGAGGGGCAGAGGAGCGGUUCCCCCACCUCCGCCUGUCCCUAGGGGACGGGGUGUGGGGCCUCCUCCACUUCCCCCACGUGGAGCCCUUGUGCGAGGGGCCCCCGUGAGAGGUGCCAUCACAAGGGGAGCAGCUGUGGCCCGCGGUGUCCCCCCUCUGCCACCCGUGAGAGGGGCCCCUGCUCCGAGAGCCCGCACCGCCGGCAUUCAGAGAAUACCUCUUCCACCCCCUCCUGCACCAGAGACCUAUGAAGAUUAUGGCUAUGAUGAUGCUUAUGCGGAGCAAAGUUAUGAAGGCUACGAAGGCUACUAUAGCCAGGGUCAACAGGAAACAGAAUACUAUGACUAUGGCCAUGGUGAGGCUCAAGAAUCUUAUGAAGCAUAUGGUCAAGAUGAUUGGAAUGGAACCAGGCCCUCCCUCAAGGCCCCUCCGACCCGGCCAGUGAAGGGGGCCUAUCGAGAGCACCCCUACGGACGCUAUUAAAGCCUUCGUGCAGGGGAAAUAAUCACUUUUGGGGCAAACAGUUGUUUCUGAUUCAGUUGUAUCUCCCAGGAUUCCUGUUCCUUUACCCACAACAGACAAGAGGCGAGCUGCCCAUUGGCUGAAAACAACAUUGGUUGAGAACUCACUGGGUGGAAUCUUCAAAUCCAAGGAGAUGGCUUGGAGGCACUCUUAAAUAAUGUGUACUGUUACCAAGAAGUAGUCCAGGAAAAUUUGUAAUACCUGUGUUCUGCAGUUGGGAUUCAAAAAAAAAAUUUUUUUUUAAUUGAACAGUCCUGGGGACUCUUGCUGAAACUGGUAGUGUUGACAAAUGAAGAUCUAAAACAUGAGGUGCAAAUGUGUUUUCUAGUACCCCAGGGAGGAAGGGAUUUGCCCUCUCAGCACCGCCAAAGACUUCAGGGAAGAAAGGUGGAAGACGGAUGCUCUCAUCAGCAUCCUGUUGAAUUGAAGCCCUUUGCUGGCAAAGGUUCUCGUAAUGUACCGGGCAGUCAGAUACGAUUGUGGAAAUGAUUUUCAGGUUUUCCAUGAAGUACUGUUGAGUCGUAGCCUAAGGAGACGUUUACUUGGGCCUUUUCGUGUUUGAUCACACUGGUUUCUGGAAACUGCCUCUUUGCUUGUUUUGUCACUUAAGCAAAGAGUGCAUGGGACCCGGAUACCGUUUGAGUCUGUUCUCUAGCUUUGACUACGUUUUAAUAAAGGCACUCUGUUUUUUAAAUAAAGCACAA